ACGAGCGGCCGUCAUUAGAACUACAAGUUCUGAAUUGCAUUGCUGUCGAAAAUGGCGUCUGGUUCGGAGCUGCCAGAAUAUUCGUCCUCGGUGAAGCGUCGGAAAAUCGAGGGUCAAGUUUACCGAGUUUCUGAGCCCUUAGAUCUUGAUUUUUCCGAAUCAAAACCACCACGUCAAUCGUCUAGUAGUGAUUUAGAAGAACCACUUAGUGGAGAUAGUGGAUUUACUGAGUUGAGUGACGGAUCAAAAUCAAUGUCUACCACCCCAGAUUUAAUGCACUUAUCGUCAACACCGUCUAGAACCGAUUCGACGAGUGACGAUACUGGAUGCCCACUCGAUACAGCAGAUGAAAAAGAUGAAGUAUCAUCAACUGUUUCGAAUUUGUCAGAUUUGUCUGGAUUAUCUGAACUCUCUGAAGACUCUGGUCAUUUAUGGCGAAAUGCAUCCUCAUGGGUGCAAAAACAAAUGAUUACUGGAGCUAAUCCACGUGAACUACUUCAGCAUUUAUUAAUGGAUCCUACACAAAUUCCAGAACAAGUUGAUGAUAUAACACUAUGGAAACUUGUAUUAAAUAUUAUGUCAGAUCCACCAAGAAGACAUAAACUUGACCAUAUUAAUACAUUGGCAGAUGUUGUAAGAUUAAUUAGAAAUAGUAAAAAAAUAAUUGUAUUAACUGGUGCUGGUGUGAGCGUGAGCUGUGGAAUUCCAGAUUUUCGAAGUAGAGAUGGAAUUUAUUCAAGACUUGCUCAGGAUUUUCCCGAUUUACCAGAUCCACAAGCAAUGUUUGAUAUUAAUUAUUUUGGUCAAGAUCCACGACCAUUCUUCAAAUUUGCCCGUGAAAUAUAUCCAGGACAAUUUAAACCAAGUCCAUGUCAUCGAUUUAUAAAAAUGCUUGAUAAAAAAAAUAAAUUAUUAAGAAAUUAUUCACAAAAUAUUGAUACAUUAGAACAAGUUGCUGGAAUUGAAAAUGUUAUUGAAUGUCAUGGAUCUUUUGCUACAGCCUCGUGUACUAAAUGCAAAUAUCAAGUGACUGCUGAAGAUAUCAGAGAAGAUAUUUUUGCCCAAAGAAUUCCAUUAUGUCCAAAGUGUUAUACUAAUUCUUUACCAUCACUUUCAAGUACCAACACAAAUGAUAAUUAUGCUAAUUUUGUUUCUCAAGGAAUAAUGAAACCAGAUAUUGUAUUUUUUGGUGAAGGUUUACCGGAUGCUUUUCACGAUGCAAUUGCUAAUGAUAAAGAUGAAUGCGAUCUUUUAAUUGUAAUUGGAUCCUCUUUAAAAGUUAGACCAGUUGCAUUAAUUCCGUCCUCUAUUCCGUCACACGUUCCACAAAUACUAAUAAAUCGUGAAUCUUUACCACAUUUAAAAUUUGACAUUGAACUUCUUGGAGAUGGCGAUAUUAUUAUAAAUCAAUUAUGUCAUUUAAUUGGUGAAGAAUUUGGUGAAAUCUGUUGGAAAAAAGAUAUUUUAGAAGAAACACCUCAUUUACUACCACCAAGAUUUAUUACCGAUGAUUCAUGGGAACGUAGUCAAGAUUCAACAAUUAAUCAAGAAUUGUCACAAGACAGUACAGAGGUUGUUCUCAAGACAUAUCAUCACAAUGUGUCGACAGAAAGUCAAGACAGUUUGAUGAUUAAUUCAAAUACCACCCCGAAGAGACUAGAAAAUACAGAUAUUUGCAUAUCACCAUUUCACGCGGGUCAUAUGGAAGCUACUGAAGAAAGUUUUUCAUUACUUGGCGAAAGUCCCAAAAGGCCAUUAGGCGAUUCCAGUUUAGAAAGUAGUCCUAAAAGAAUAAAUUUGGAAGUAAAAGCCUCACCACCAUCAUCUUCUGGAUCAACAUCAAGAUCUUUAGAUGAUUCUCAAGAUAUUAGUUAUACAGCAUCACGAUAUAAUCGAGUUAUUUCAGUAGAAUCAACUUCUGAAAAUAAUGGUCAUAUUUAUAAUCUUGAAGAGUGUCAUGUAGUACCAAGAAUAAUAGAUGAUUCAACACAAAAAGAUUCAAUAUCCAUUUUAGAUGAUUUAAUUCAAUCUAAUAAUUCUAAUACACCUUUAGAUGUUGAUUCUUCAAAUGAUUCUGAAGAAUUAUUGGAUUCUGAUAAAUCAAAUGCCAAGUCCCGACAUAUUUCAAUUGAUUCUGCAAUUGAUUCGGGAUUAGGUGAUAGUUGUAAUAGCGUUGACAGUUCUGACGAUAAAAGUACAAUCGAACAGGGAGACUCAAAGAGACACAACUUGCAAAGACACUGUUGGCAGCCUGAAGUAAAAGAAAGUUUAGCCAGCCGACUACCAGAAAAUACAUAUUAUCAAGUUUCACCGGGAAAAUACAUUUUCACUGGAGCUGAGAUUUAUAUUGAACCAGAUGAUUAUGAACAAUUAUCAUCAUCGUCAUCAAGAUCUCCAUCGAUGUCAACAAUGAUACGCCCAGCAACAGAAUAUAAUACAACAUAAAAUAAGUUAUAGCUUAUGAAAAACUUUAGUACAUUAAUUAUCAUUUAUAAAAUUAUCCUGAAGCUGAUAAUGAUGAUAAUGACAUUAAGUAACUAAAGGUUAAAAAAUUGUGCAAUUAAACCCUAUGAAGCUCGUGAAAAGGUAUUGCAGAUUAAAUUCAACCAUUAACAUAAAAGACAGAGUUUGGAAGACAUUAAUUAUUUUAAUCGUAGCUUCAAUUAUUUUUUUGUUGGUCUGAUAUUUUCUCAUUAUUGGUAAGUUUUUUUUGUUCAUUUAAAAAACGUGUUUUUCCAUAAGUUAUGUAGUUAUUCAUUGAGUCAAAUUUUAUAUUCUCGUUCAGCUGUCAUAAUGAAAAUAUUUCAAAAUUAACAAUAAUAUUGUUAUUAUAGGAAACAUUUAAAACUUUUCUUUUAUGUGAUGUCUUCCAAUGAAUAAUAUGUAUACCAUUUCACUUAGUUUCUAUUUCAAAUUAAAUUAUAACAUACCUGAUUAAAUAUUCAGGAUUUAUAGAUCAAAGGAAGAAGGAAAUAAUUAAUAAUAAAUAUUUUAUCGUUGGAUGUGAGAAGUGAGUUUAUAUAUAUAAAAUAAAAAAGAAAAAAAAAAAACAAGAAAAGAAACAAAAAAAGAAAAAAAAAUAGCUAAUAAUAAUACUAAUAAUCGCUCACUAUUCAUUUAUCCAUAUUCUUGUACAUAAAAAUUUUGUAAUAAUUCUUUAAUCGACUAUUUAUAAGUAUAUUUAAUAAGAUAUGGAUAAUUUUUAUGAAAAUUUUAGUUGAAUGAAUGUAAAUACUGACAGAAAAAAUAUCUGUCGUGGCGUUUGAUCGGUUGAAAUUAUUUAAAGUUUUUAUUAUUCAAUUACUAUUUUGAAUUAAUGUAUUGACGCUACUUAUUUGAAUUAAUUAUUUAUCAUGAUUUAAUUAUAAAUUUUUAAUAUAUUAAUUACUUGAAAAGUGCUAUCUAUACAUGAACAAAUUUUAAUUCUUUAAAAAUCAUUGUAUGGGGUUAUAAUGUAUUUAAAGUCGUUUUUUAAUUUGCAAUGAUAAAUAAUUGUUUUAAAAAAUCAAUUUGUACAUUAGAAAAAGAAAUAAAUAAAUAAUGUCAGUUUUAAUUAACAAUUUUAUAUAAAAUUGAAUCCAAUUAUUUAUCUAACAUAGAAAAAUUAACAAAAUUAUAAAUUCAAUCAACCGAUCUCGCGCCGAAUUUUUCGAUCUCAAUUCCAUUAUUAUUUAAAAUAUUUAAAAAAAUUAUAAAUUAAUAUGAUAGAUAAAAAAAAAAAAAAAAAGGACUAAAUACUUAUAAAUAUAAAUUAUCUUGGUCAAUAUUUUAUAAUCAACACAAGUUAUUUAAAAAAAUAAAAGAAAAAGAAAUAAAUAAACUGCAGAUAUUAUAAUAAUUUAAAGAAUAAAUUAAUGUGUAAAAAUACACAAUGAGGCUUAUAUGUAAAACGAAAAUAAUUUAAAAUAAUCAAUUGAGUUAAAAUAUGAUUAAUUGGUAUCAUCUAUCUCAGUUUAUAUUGGAGCACAGGAGAAUGUACAAAGCAAUGCUGGAUAACUUUGCAUUGCGUGUUAUUUUUAUAUGAUGGGAAGGUAUUAGAUUUAAUAUGAAUAUGUAAAAGAAAAAAAAAAAAGAAUGCAUCUUUAUAAAUUAUUUAUAAAUAAUAAAAAUUCAUUUUUUUGGUUUGCUAGUUUAUCUGUACGAACUAAUAUGGUUGUGUGAAUGUUUAUUAAAAAUAAACAAUCUAAUAUAAUAGUUCGAUUUAGAUAAAUUUAAAAAAUACAUAACAUCUAUUCAAAAGAGAAAAUUAGUAAAUAAAAAAUGAAGAUAUAAACGAUAAGAAUGCGAUAUUAUUAGAAUAAAUAAUAAUAAAAAUUGAAAAAUUAAAUAGACUUUUGUAGAGUGCACAAAGUUAAAAAAAAUUUGUUUUAAUGUUCCCAUAAAAUCAUUAUUAUAAAUAAACAAAAAAUAUCCAUUUAUAUACUCGUAAUGCAAUGUCAAUAAUUUAUUAAAAAAUAAUAAUAAAUUAAAUUAAAUUAUUAACUUGGUGCAGACGUAAAAUAAUUGAUUGAAUUAAUUUUAAAGUUUUUUUUUAUACUAUUAGAUUAUCAAUUAUUUUCGCUUUGUACAAAAAGCACAUAUUUAUAUUUGUUAUAAAGAUUUAUACAAUAAGUACAUGUUAUAAAAGAAAAUCAUGAAAUGAGUAUAAAAGAAAAAAAAAGUUGGUUUUUUAAAUAAAUACUAUCUUAAAGAAAA